AUGGGUACAAGUCUCACAUCCUCUCAAGUAACAUCUUCCACGACUACAAGCGAACUAACUACCACUUCUCUGGCCCCUCCCCUGACCAGCGGCAGUGCUAUCUCUGAGAUGGGGGAUAUGAGUGGUAUCAACGCAGCUUACACCAGCACAACCACGGCCGAAGCAUCCUCUACAACUUCAGGCGCCAUUAGCAGCGGGCUGGAGACUUCAGAGACCAUUAUUAUGACGAGUAGCCUAUCUACGAUUUCGGAGGGACAGCUCUCUAUAAGCAGCGUCUUAACGAGAAGCCCUGAGGUAAUGCCUAGCAGCACCUCAACCGGCGAGACCAGUAUGACGUCCAAGGCUGUGACCAGCAUGAGCAGCGCAGCGAGCGCGCCGCCCAGAGCGCCCGCGGCAGUAUCUACUAGUAGCUCGGGUCCUUCUUCUGAAACUACUCCUACUCCCUUCAGCACAGUUCGUCCCUCGGCGGCGGCAAUCGAGCUUCCGUCAACAAGUUCUGAAGCCACAAGCGCAAGUCCAGAGGUUACGACAACUCCUUCAGAGGUAACAUCCACUGCCAUUUCCAUAACACCGUUGGCGACCAAGUCUCCGCCACAACCAAUGAUGACCACCACCGAGGCUCUGUUUGUAUUUGACCCGACAUCGCUGGCGGCUCCGUCGCCAAUAAACACAACUACCGUGCUAGCAGCCUGGGAAAAACUGCGACGAGGCAUUCAGUAUAACGGCCGUCAUUUCUAG